AUGAUAAUUUCAAUUCAAAAAAGUGGGAACUCCGAUGGAAUUGCCGGUUGUCAACCCGAGUAUCAACACACCAGAAAAAAAAAGAAAUUUUGGAAGGAUCGAAUCUUGCCGAGGAUCCAAAAAUCGCUCGAAGUCGCUAAAAAUAUUUUCGUCGGGAACCUAGUCUUCAUCUUCGCUGUUCUCACCAUCUACAUGGUUCUGGUGUUGGAAGCGUACAGAGAGAAUCAGAGCUACAUUGGAGCAUCGGAAAAGAUUGAGGAAACGAAGAAAUCAUUUGGAUAUUCUACCUAUUAUGGUCUGGUGUUCGGGGUGGUUCUGGAAGUCAUAAGGAAUUCUCUUCGCCACUUCAAGAAGCCCCCAAUGCCAUUCUACGUCCCAACAAUUGGAUCCGUUAUGUCUCUGGUACUAAGUAUUGUUACUGUAAUAGUUGGAAACGUGGAUGACGCAGACUGGUUCAAACAAAUCGCCAUCGGAUUCAUUUACGGAAAGACGAUUGAGGUGACACUGUCUCGCUACACCAUCUGGAAUGGCUCUGCACAGGCUAUUGGAGCAUACAUUGCACUGCAUUUCGCCGUCCGAAUGGCAAUGAUCAUCGAAAACGCUGGAUUUGCAAACAGUGUGCAAUUGAUUCGGAUUACGAGAUACACGAUGACUGCUAUUGCUCUUUUCUGCGGAUAUCAGUUGGCAGCAGAAUCGGAAAAGUUGCAACGAGAGGUGUUUGUAAAAGAAGAUCAACGACACCGAGAAUAG